UUUAGAAGUCAUUAAGCCGUUUUGUGCUGUUCUACCUGAAAUCCAAAAGCCAGAAAGAAAGAAAGUCAAGCCAUUGCUGCUUUGCUGUCAUCUCUGCUUCCAAAUAAACACACAUUAGAACCGUGGUGUGCAGAAGAGCAUCUCUGAGUGUACAACAUAACAAACCUUGAAGUGGAUGUGCUACGGCAGUAGAAGACCUCAUCUGGUUCCACCUCUGUGACCACUUUAUUAGAUCCAGUUCAGAGAGAAAGUAUUGUGGACGGCUAUUACACUCUUCAUAUUCCUAGUAUGUUGCCAGAUCCCAUUGUUUGGCAUCAUGUCUUCGGACUCUGCAGAUCCAUUCUAUUGGAUGAGGGUUAUACUGGCAUCAAACAGAGGAACCUUAAUGGAACUCGGUAUCUCUCCCAUUGUAACCUCUGGUCUAAUUAUGCAGCUGCUUGCCGGAGCAAAAAUCAUUGAAGUUGGUGACACACCUAAGGAUCGAGCACUCUUCAACGGUGCUCAGAAGUUAUUUGGGAUGAUCAUCACCAUCGGUCAGGCCAUUGUGUAUGUAAUGACCGGCAUGUAUGGAGAUCCAGCAGAAAUGGGAGCUGGCAUCUGUCUGCUCAUCAUUAUACAGCUGUUCGUAGCUGGGUUGAUCGUUCUGUUACUAGACGAACUGUUGCAGAAGGGUUACGGACUGGGUUCAGGCAUCUCCUUGUUCAUUGCCACAAACAUCUGUGAGACCAUCGUGUGGAAGGCUUUUAGCCCCACCACCAUCAACACCGGCAGGGGCACUGAGUUUGAAGGUGCCGUAAUUGCACUCUUCCAUCUCUUGGCAACACGGCAAGACAAGGUCCGGGCUCUGCGGGAAGCCUUCUACCGCCAAAACCUGCCCAAUCUCAUGAACCUCAUUGCCACCAUCUUUGUGUUUGCUGUCGUUAUCUACUUUCAGGGGUUCCGAGUAGACCUGCCUAUCAAAUCAGCUCGAUACCGUGGCCAGUACAGCAGCUACCCCAUAAAGCUGUUCUACACGUCAAACAUCCCCAUUAUUCUUCAGUCUGCUCUCGUGUCCAACCUCUACGUCAUCUCUCAGAUGCUGUCUGUCCGUUUCAGUGGUAACUUCCUGGUCAACCUGCUGGGUCAGUGGGCUGACGUGAGUGGAGGUGGUCCUGCUCGCUCCUAUCCAGUUGGUGGCCUCUGCUACUACCUCUCUCCUCCGGAAUCCAUCAGCGCUGUGUUCGAGGACCCCAUUCACGUCACAGUGUACAUCAUAUUUAUGCUUGGAUCGUGUGCUUUCUUCUCUAAGACUUGGAUAGACGUUUCUGGUUCUUCUGCUAAAGAUGUUGCGAAGCAGCUUAAGGAACAACAGAUGGUAAUGCGAGGCCACAGGGAGACCUCGAUGGUCCAUGAACUCAAUAGAUACAUUCCGACAGCCGCUGCUUUUGGUGGCCUUUGUAUUGGAGCACUUUCUGUCCUGGCGGAUUUUCUCGGAGCGAUUGGAUCUGGGACCGGAAUCCUACUUGCUGUUACCAUCAUCUAUCAGUAUUUUGAAAUCUUUGUGAAGGAACAGGCUGAGGUUGGAGGAAUGGGUGCGUUGUUCUUCUGAAUUGCCAAAACAUGAAAGGUUUUAUUUAUGGAGUUUUUUUCCCCCCUGCCACAUUUAAUGCCAUUUCUGUGUAAACGGAAUUGUUUUCCAUGUCUAUGUCAGUCUUUUAGCCCCCUCUACGAGACAGCAAAAUUCUUUGCGUGGAGCACUGUGCUGGCUGUACUUGCAUUCUUUAGUUCCAUGUUGCAAAACAGUGCUUUGUAGGAUGUUACGACAUGACCACAGGCCCUGGGAUACACCUGUUCAAUACCCAUGCCAAUUUCAGUUUACUUAUGGAGACAUCAUGUCACUCAUGACAGUGUCCUUACUUUCUUGUAAGUGUACGUAGAUUCGGCAUGUCAUCGAAAACUGACAAAUUCUAUAGAUGCACAGUGGUGCAUAUUUUGACUGGUUCUGUCACACCCUGGUAUGGAAACACCAAUGCCCAGGAACAGAAAAGCCUACAAAAAGUGGUGGACGCAGCCCAGUCCAUCACAGGCAAAGACCUCCCACCAUCGAAUAAGUUGGCAAGGAGUCCUGUCACAAGAAAGCAGCAUCCAUAUCAAGACCACCACCUUCUAGGACAUGUUCUUGCUGCUGCCAUUAGGAAGGAGAGCAGGAGCCUUGGGUCCCACAUGACCAGGUUCAGGAACAGUUCUCUCUCAUCAGGCUCCUGAAUCGGCAUGGAUAACUUCACUCACCUCAACUCAGAACUGAUUCCACAACCUAUGGACUCACUUCCAAGGACUCUAUAACUCAUGUUCCCAGUAUUAUUUAUUUUAUUUUUUAAAUUUGCCCCUCAUGUCUUCUGCACAUUGGUUUCAGUCUUUGUAGUUUUUCACUCAUUCUGUUGCAUUUCUUUGUUAUGCUGUGAAUGCCUGCAAGAAAAUGAAUUUCGAGGUAGUAUGUGGUGAUGUAUAUGUACUUUGAUAAUAAAUUUUCAAUAAAUUUUAAUAGCAGGAGGAUUUUGGCUGUUUAAAAUUAUGCAUUUCAAAUUGUUAAGUAAAACCAUGAAAGCACAAUGUUUUAGAAAUAUGAUUAUAUUUUAGUCUAUCACCCAUUUACUCAAUGCAAUGUUUUGUUUUCUUCAUGUAUAUACCUGUGGCAUCUGGCACUGCCUACUAGUUAUUCAAUGCUUGUGUGUAGAUUACAGGUCCUAACCACUUGCCUAUACCAGGCAGCUAAUCUGUGCCAAACUUGUUCAUGUAAAUGUUGGUACCCUACACUGUGGGGUUUGUAUGUGCACUAAAUGGAUUAUUUUAUUUAUUAUGUAUUAAAUGUGAAUAUGAAUAGUUGA